CAAUCUGUGCUGUUUCACUUUCUGGUAAAAAAUAUUUUCAAAAAUUCCAAACAAUGUUAGAUCCAUAUUUUCAAAUAAAUAGUUAUCCUAUCAAAUAAAUUUUUUCACUGAUGAUUUUUUUUUUCGAGUUAAAAAAGAGAAAAAUAAGUGUAAGCCCCUGACGAACGAUAACUCUUUUACUUGAAUAUAUUAACCUGACGUCAUUUCCUCGUGAUCGUGUGUGUAUGUUCUGCUAGUGAAAAAUAACCAUGUCUACUGGAGAUGGUGGUGCCUUUGGAGCGGGGAUGGCCGGUGCCCCGUUUGAUCCUGUACAGUUCAUAAAGAAACCCCAAGUCAUACUAAGACUUGCAAGCACGCUGUUUGCAAUCAUCGUGUUUGGAUGUAUAUUAGGUGAAGGCUGGAUUAGCGACAAGUGUCUAAUGAACAAUGAUGCUAAUGCGUGUGGGUACGGAACAGGGAUCGGAAUCAUUGCCUUCCUGCUCUGCCUAGGGUUCUUGGUUCUUGAUGCUAUGUUUGAAAAUAUCAGCAGCGUGCAGUAUCGGAAAUAUGUUGUCCUGGCUGAUAUGGGCAUUUCUGGCCUGUGGACUUUCCUAUGGUUUGUGGGAUUCUGCUACAUGACAGAUGCGUGGAGAAAAACCGAUCAAGUUCCUCCGCAUGGCUAUGGGAGAAACAACAUCCAGGCUGCCAUAGCUUUCUCAUUCUUCUCAAUUAUAACAUGGGGAGGCAUCACCUUCUUUGCUGUGCGCAGGUAUCGUGAAGGGUUUGGAGAAGCUUUCGCGCAGAGGAGCAGUUACGAUGACCAAACCCAGUCUUCUCCAUACUCCUCCUUCCCUGGUAGUGAGACGGGAGAUCCUUAUCAACAGCCCCCCUUCACCUCCCAGAAGGAGACCCCAGAUUUCCAGCAGCCCACAUACUGAGGUAGAAAGAGAGAUUAUCUGAUGUCUGGACAAAUGUGUAUCCAAAACCUGAUAGGUUAGGUUAGGUUAGAAGUGUCACUCGCAUGUCUGUAGGAGUAGGUAUUUAUUACUGCUUUUUAUGUAAGAACUGAUUAUAACUCCGAGUUUGUAUGGGUGUUAGUAUUAUGUCAGGAUUUACAUGUUAUUGUGAAUUGCAGUGUGUUGAAAUUGUCAUAUGAACUUUGUUUUGCGUAGAUGAAAUGUAAUUUUUAUUUGUUUUCUGGAUCUCACACAAAGCUCAUUGAAUGAUUUUAAAAGGUCAUUUAUUAAUUUUUUUUCUACAUAUCAUGGUAUUAAUGAAAAGAAUUAUAUGUACUGUCAAGAGAUGUAAAAAAUAUUCAUGAAUAAAUACCACAUAAUAAAGAAUUGAAAAGGUGUAAAAUUUAUCUAUAGGGAACCUUUUUUCUGUAAUUGUUGGUGUGGAAAAAGCGCUUAGAUAUUCUAUGUAUAGUAUUGUUUAAUAUAUGUUAUACAUGUGAAAAGCACCCAGAAAUCCUUUGUUUAAUGCGAUUAACAUAUGUGAUAUUGUUGAAUUUCAUAGUACUGUACAUUCCAUUAUAUUUGCUAUUAUGAUUUUUCACAGGGUACACAUCAGAAUGAUGUGAUUGAAAUGCAUUCAAGAUGAAGAGAAAAUUUUAAAAUCAGAACUCUCUUCUCCAUCUUAGAUUUACAUGGCCAUUGAUUCUCCUAUACUAUAUACUGGGGAAAUUCUCAUCUAUAUCCGAUGCAGGCUAAAUUAAAGCUGUGCCUCGCCACCCUUUUUAAAAGUAUCCAGCAUUGUGCAAAUUUACACAAAGAAUUGUGAUUGAUAGUAUUGUUUUGCCAUCUACAUUGCACCUUCUGGUUAAAUUUUAAAAGUUGAUUUUUAAAUGAGUUUUUAUGACAAUAUAGAUAUUUAUGUGCAUUUUCAUUUGAAAAAAAAAAGAAAUAACUCUAUAAUUUGGGUUAAAAUCACGUACAUGUAUUUCGCUAGAGAAAUCAAUAUUUUUAAAACAUUUUUUUUUUUGAAUUUCAAUAUAUUCAGAGAAGACUGUAUACAGUAUUGAGAAGGAAUGUGGGAAUGAUGUGGGAUUUUAAUUUUGAAGAUCUUCCAUGGAAUACCUUUAUGUUGAAAAGGCAUUGUAAAUGUAAAUGGAAGAAAGAAUCGUAAAUGGAAUAACUGGAAACCUCUGUUAGACAGCAUUGUAUGUUGAAAGAGUUAUCUUUCUUUGGAGAAUUAGUCUGAAUCUCGUGGUCUAAAAUCAGAACUACUAUUGGUCUGUUGAUAGGGAUUUUAUAAAGAAGAGACACUAGAAUUUGUCAGUAUUAUUCUAUAGUAAACAGACACAAACUAAAUGAAAAUAACAACAGUAUCUGUUAUCCUAUAGUAAACAGACACAAACUAACUGAAAAUAAGAACGGUAUCCAUUAUCCUCCAGAAAAAGUUGCUAGUAAGCUUAAUUUUUAAUGAGGAUUUAAGAUGGCUCACUACACCCUGAAAUGGUUUCUCAAAUCAGUACGAAUUGAUUUAAUCAGAAAAGAUUUGAUGUUAUAUGAUAAGUAUACAUGUCAAAAAGGUAGAAAAUAUGCAAAUUUGGAUAAAACCAUGAUUUUCAAAAAUUAUUUCAACAAAUGAACAAAAGACUCUGGCGGAUUUGAACUCAAGAUCUGCGGUUCACCUGCCCAAUUAUAUAACCACUGAGCUACGAUGAUAGACAAACAAAUCAAUCUAUACAAAUAAUUUCACAGCGUUCAAAUUGCCAUCUUGUGACGUAAUGUAAUAAAGAGUAUAAGCUUUAGUGUAGUAAGCUACCUUAAUUUUGGCUUCAUUAGCGAGAGUGAUGAGAUUAAUAAAAUUGAAUAUCACUAACAAUUUAUUAUAUAUAUGAGGUAAUAGUUACCUUUCCUUGAAUUAUAAAAUUUCUUAAAUUAGCUCUCGCUAAAUUUAUAUGCCCAUUUUUAUAGAAAAAUCGCUAAAUUUGUGUUGCGCUAAAAAUUACAGAUGACAGAAUCAUAUUUCAGGCAAUUUUUGUUUGGAGUGAAGUAUAUUCAUGAUUUGUAAUGGAAUAGGAUAUUUGUAGUCGUAUAGCAUGUAAUUAUUUACAGUAACAUAUUCAUUAAAAAUGCAAAUAAUUUUCUUUAGCAUUAAAAGUUGAGAAAUCAUAAAUCAUUUUAACCAUGUUUCUAGUUUUAUGCUGCGAUUUGAAUAACCAGCAGGUUUUUUUUUUAUCAUUCACUUCCCUAAGCUGGAGCACCAUAUUAAACUUGCAAUGUGUUCUUACUUAUGCUGAUACAAUACUUGUAGGUGACAUUGUAUGAAGUUCCAUCAAAUAUCAUAACAGAUUCUUUAGCUAUACAGUAAAGCAGCACUCUGCUAUAAGCACGUUUACGGUACAUGCUAUAAGCACGUUUACGAUACAUGCUAUAAUCACGUUUACGGUACAUGCUAUAAGCACGUUUUACGGUAUAUGUAUACAGUUUCUGCUGUGUAAAUCAAGCUGAAUGCUGAAUAAAUGAAUAGGCAAAUGUUGAACAUAAAUUGGAAAAUGGAUGUACCUUAGAUUACUAAAAUGGUGAAUGACAUUGGAAGAUGGUUUACAGUUUUGUGAAAGUUUAUGAGAAUUACCACCAUUUACUGGUAUGGAGACAAACCUUAACAAACAUUGCAAUGACUCACUUUUGUAGACUAAUAGAUAGUUAUUUAAUUUAAACUAAUAUAAUUUUGCACGUGUGUGUGUGUGUGUGUGUGUGUGUGUGUGAGUCAUAUUUUGUGUAAUGGCUGUUUUUCUUUUGAGUACUUUUUUAUGUAGAAAACUCUAUCAUUCCAGUGUUUUUAAUCUUUCUGUUUUUCUCUCCUUGGUUGUGGUUAUUGAUAUAUGUAUAUAUGGAUCGUUAUGUACAUCUGAUUUAACAUAGAGCAAUUGCAAGAGUCAGUUGUGUGCAGAAUCUAAAGGGAGAGAAGUCAAUAAGACCGGGCUACAAAUGUACAUAAUAAAAAUUUUUGUGAAGUUUCAUAUCCCAUAGUGCAAACUCUUCUAUUAGAAGAAAGAGCCAUAUUAACAAUGUGUGUAAUUUCUUUUUGAAAAAAGUACCAUUACAUGGGUAUACAAGGUUUUUGUUUACUGCAGAGUUUUUAAAAUAAAUAUUAAACUAAUAUUCAAAAUGCAGACACCAACACUUAGAAGGAUGCACAGAUUUAUUAGUUAUACUUUAUUACUUUUUCUAAGCAAUCAAAAUUUUGUGCAUUUUUCAUCCUUAGAAUGUUGAAGCAAUCUUCAAUUUUGGGGAUCAGAUGGACAUUUUGAAGUGCAUCUGUAAUGUUCAUAUGUGUUUUAUCAUACAGUGUAUUACAAAAAUAUUAUUAAAAAUUCAGAUUCAGAUGUCAAUGAAAUUUUUGUUAAUAUGGUUGAUAAUAAGUUGAGACUGACAGCUGAAACAGAACAACAGCACCUGGCGCUUGUACUUUUAUAUCAAGAUCUGAACAUCACAGCUUAAAUUUGUUAGAUGCAAAUGACACUUCUAUAGUAUUGAAUACGUGAACAGUUUCGUUGCUGAACAUUAAACUAUUACCUGUAUUUUGGAGUGAUAGGAAGAAUUAUGUACCGACUUUGUUUCCAUAGUGAUUGUUACAGGAGCUUUAAUUUAUAUCACAUGGAAAUCCAUGCAUAACACUGUUGUAAGUUUAGAUAAAGUGUUUAAAUAUUUAGUGAGAUAUGAUAUGGUACAAAGCCACUUUCUUUUAUUAUCAUGAAAAUAAUAAAAAUGUUAAAACAUA